AUGGAUGGCCUUGAUCGGACGGGUCAAAGAAAUGAGAUCAAGAUCAAACUUGGUGCUGCAAGUGUCGCAGGUGCAGCCAAGCAGAUUGGAUUGCAGAUGCCGACGCCAGAUGAGCCAGGGAGCAAGCACGCUGCACCACUACGGCUCGAAGUGGGAAGUGGCUCAACACUUGGCUCUUCACAAGGAAGAAGCAACCUGAGCUGCAGGCGCGACUGUUCGAAUGACAAAGGUCAACGAGAGCAGAAAGAUGGGAAAGAAGUGCCAGACUGGAUUAAUGUACCAGGUAGGCAGAUAUUUGUGCUCUCCUACCCACCCCCCACGGCCCAAGACGAAACGAAGGCUGUGGAGUUGACAGUUGACCGCAAAGAGGUCCUUGUGGUCAGCCAUCCAACCGCGGUGCAUCCAGCAGCAUCCACAGUCUGCAAUGUCCACUCUUAUCCUUGCCGUGGAACUGGAGACGCCAGAGGUAACCGUCCCGUCAGCACUUUCGACUUUGGACUGGCACCAUUGGAACCUGGCAUGGAAACUCGGUGGAAAAGUGUUUCGAGUUCGACCGACGCAGACCCUUUCCUUGCGGUACUUCGUCGCCGGUGCACCUCUGACGAGAACGAUGGAGUGGGCCGUGGAAGGAGGGAGCCUCGAGAAUCGAGAUUACAACGGGCAGCACCUCACCUCACCGCACCUCACCUUACCACCUUGCGUGCUUACCGAAUGUGUACGGAGGAUCAGAACAUCUCGGGAGCACCGCGGAUCCGGCUGCAGUCACCUCACGUCAGUCAUAUCAGGGCUGAUCACCUCACACUGGCCUGCACCACCUUACCUCUUGCAUACCUUUUUCUAGACCAUUGGAUGGUUGAUCGCACCAAAUAUCCCCUGCUACAGCAGAUGGAUGCAGCAUCAUGUCGAAAACUUGUCGGAAUGAUCGCCAAUCAUAUGCGCACAUCAUUCAUGUGCUACUAUCUUUAUGCGACAUCCAGCAUCGGCGUCCGCCCGCUCGAGUCUUGGUCCUUUAAACCCCCAUGCGUUACUACACAAGGUACCUACUUGGGAGUUGGGACAGCUUGCAACACGCCUGCACCCCCAGCACGCUUCGGUCUGCUCCGAUCUCGUCCACCGCCUGCCAUUUUAAUGGUUACGCAAGGUAAGAUUGGUUGCGACUCGCGAGAUCUGUUUCGUGGCGUACCAUUCCAAGACACGCCAGAAACAAAAUCCCCUAAAAUCCCUAGAAUCCCCCAACCAAGCUGGCGGAGGACAGACACUCGCAAGCGUGCUGUUCACGCCCAAAGGAGCAACAAGAGCAACUGCAUCGUGACAGGGGCACCACGUCCUACCCUCCCUCCCACGCCAGCCUCCGGUGUACACUACAUGGCUCUAGUACGUCAUUUUGUGCCAGCACAUCUCAUCUCUUACCCUCCUUCGCUGCAUCUCAUGGCCUUCUUCGACGCUCUGCAGUUAGCGCAACUCCAGCAUGUGAACACAUGCAUACUUACCCAGCACUACCUAAUGGGCCAGCCAAGACAUCCCACUACGUUUGAUAUAUAUGUACAGCAAUGGCAGUACUACCAUCGACCUAAGAUGCAGUCUAGGUAUCCCACACAAUUAGUGCCCCUCAACUGGUCUGUCUACGAAUACUCGGUGCAGGCGUACGGAGUACCUACACAUCACCGCGAGUCCGGGGUUGUACCACCGGUACCUGACGAGCAAGCGUUUGGCAUGUUUGCGACCGCCUCACAAUCGGACAUCCCGGCCGAGAAGACCAUCAGUCCGACCAAGCUCCCGGCUAGUGGUACCUUGUCCUGUGCCAUUUUCAAGCCACGGCAGCCUGUGAAACUCGUCGGCGUCCCCAGGAGCAUAUCCCUCAUCCCGAUGCCCAUUGACUCUUUUUUAGGCGCAACAUAUCUCUUACAACGGGGGCCUUUCAGUCGUCAGCACUGCCCAACCGAUGAUCUAUGGAUGCCUGUCUGGGGAACCCUUGAUCACCAGCUCAACCACACUGGCUUAUCCUUUGCCGAUAAGGAACUCGCGGAAAGGCAAUGCGCCUCCAAUACGGCAUUUCUGACAUUCUCACUGUCGAUCACAACCCUAGCCCGCGGACUGCCGGUCGCUUCUUCCGUCCGUCGCAUCGACCAAUCCAGACCUAGCACACCAUCCGCCGUCAUCUCUCACUCUCACCACCUCAACACGACGUCGUUGCCAGCAUAUUCCACCACCGCCUUCCUCUACUUGUUCACCGCCAUGCCGCCAUUACUGCUGUACACCUCUUCCGGCGUAGCGAGUCCUGCAUGCGAUUUAUGA